AUGCGAAUGUUAAGAUUUCUUUAUACAAAUUUAAAAUUUGAAGCAUUAUCCCCUUUAACUUUGGUCCGACGUUUACAUGUCCGUUCUUUUGAGGAACUGUUGCAUAAUGCAGAUGACCAAAAGUUCAAGUCUGCUGUUACAGGUCCUAUACAAACCUUUCUUCGGCCAUUGACUCCUUCAUUAUAUCUUUUGAAUUACCUAAAACUUCGUAAUAACAAUAGUCUUAAUGAGUUGAAGCCUGUCGAGUUUCAGCUGAUUCUUCGUUCGUUUAAGCUAUUCGACAGUGGGAAUAGAUUGACUGAAAGAGAAAAAAAAACCACUGUAAAGAUACUAGACUUACUUCUUCACGAUGCUAAUGAACUGGGAAUACAACUUAACAUUGGAGAUUUUACCCAUAUUCUACGAAUUGCUAUGUAUAUUGGACACGAGCCCAUCGCUGAUAAAGUGAUCACAACCGUGAAAAAGAACGAAAUACACCCAACUUUGAAUUAUUUGAAUUGUGUCUUGGGAAAUUAUGGAGGGUCCAGAUGGUCAUUGAAUAAAUUUAGUAGUCCCGCCUGGAAGGGAAGCCCUACCCAAGAGCCAGUAUCGACUGCAAUGCUAGAAGCAGUAGAUGUCGAUUUUCCAAGAAACGGGUUCGCUCCGAAUUCCACAACUUAUGACUAUCUUAUUGUCGGACUAGCAAGAGAUGGAAAAAUUGAGGAAAUCCGCGAUCUACUCAAAAGGGUUUGGGGUAUAGGUCAAGGGAAAUCAGGAGAGUGUUUGAUUGAUAGAAAUCAUUCCUCAUACCCUACUUCGCAUACUGUCCUUUCGGUCGCCAGUGCUUUUGGAUUCCUUGGUGAUAUACCAGCUGCCGUUGAUUUAUGCAAGGAACUAUCAGAAACUUACAAGAUCCGUUUUUCUGAAUUAGCAUGGUGCUACAUAAUUUAUUGGUCGACGGCUGCUCCCCAAUUUAAAUCUGCAGCCGGUAUUACCAACAAUAGCUAUCCAGAUAUAUAUUCUCGAAUGUAUUAUCUAUUAAACAGAGAUCGAGUUCCUUAUCAGAAGAUAUACCAAAAGGUUAUUGCAUUUUAUAAAAAGAAAAAAAAGACGGGUUUAGUAGAAAGAGUUUGUCAGAGAUGGAUGAAGCAUUUGCUGCAUUCUCAAAAAUUAUUGUCGGCAAAAGAAAAUGAGAGACAGAAGGAGAUGCUAAUUCAAGAGAUUUCUUUCAUAAUAAAUAGCAAAAAAGAAGGUAAUCCUUCAAGUCAGAAUCGGAUACGCGUUAAAUGGAUGAAGUUGUUGCAUCAGUUACAGUUUUUUCUGAAGUCUUAA